GGGAAUAAUGCCUCAUGCCUCAGCUGUUCAAAGAAGUCUUCGUGCCAAGCUUUGUUUGUUCAGUUACGUAUCUGAAUAAUGAACUAUUUGAAUAGUUAUUCACGUUGCUCUUAGUAGGAAUAACAACCUAGAGAGUGUUGUUUUAUUCUUCAAGUUAGCUACACCUAUUUCACCAGGUUCGAAACAUUUCAUAAAUAUGAAAUUGGAUAUCCUUCUGGUUACGUUGGUGUGGGUCUGCUUUUCUAGUAAUUCUGCUGACAAAGUUAGGUGGGAUCCAGAGUUUCUCGAUGGCUCCAAUUGGAUGAGAGACAAUUUGGAUCUGUUAGGCAAGAGAACUCUGAAGCAAAUUUGUAUUCCUGGAUCCCACGAUGCAGGAAUGAGCGAUUUUCGGCCUGGAACAGCUUUAGCCCACCCCUGCAACGUGCAGACACAGACAAAUCCUAUCAAAUAUCAACUGGAAUUAGGAGUACGAUUCCUGGAUGUGAGACCUGCCAUCGGAAACGGAGGUCUCUUCUUGACUGGACAUUACUCCAGGAUUGCGGGUGGAACCUGGCAAGGAGGUAACGGUCAAUCGAUCCAGUCCAUCGUUAAUGACAUUAACGCAUUUACUAAAGAUCACAACGAACUCAUCAUUGUCAGGCUGUCUCAUACCCUCAACACAGAAGUCGGUAACAACAGCUACAGAAAGUUCACACAGUCAGAAUGGGAAAAACUUUUCCAAAUUUUGGACAAGACAAACCAUUUGUACCAUAAUUCAGAGGGUAGCGUGUACCUUCCUUCGUUGUCGCUAAAUCAUUUCACUGACUUUGGCAAAAGGCCGGCGGUUAUCUAUGUGAUAAGGGACCCUAAAUCUGGUGUGGACCUGACUGGUAGGCUUGGGAAAGGUUAUUUUAAUCAGACUAGCAUGAAUAUGUACCACAAAUAUUCGAAAACUGACAAGUUAUCGACUAUGUUCGGAGAUCAGAUGCAAAAAAUGAGGGAGUAUUCGAGGAGUAGUUAUUUUAUGCUUUCUUGGACCCUUACUCAAGGAGGAAAAAAAGCUGCUUUUUGUCGUCUUAAUCUUGCCAAAAGUAUUAGAGAACUUGCAGAUGAAGCAAAUUCUAACCUAAGGAUGAUAUUGCCUGAAAUUUCACAGUUGUCUUAUCCUAAUGUCUUGUAUGUUGACGACAUUAAGAGCAUUGAUGUCACAUCAAUUGCUAUGGAAAUCAAUAGUAAACUAAAAUUUUAAUGCUAAAAUAAAAACUUAUUACUAACUGCUACCGUUCAAUAACAUAAUCCAAAUUUGACUAAGACAAAAAUGUUACUCUUUUUUUAAUAUAUUACUCUAUACAAAAAGGAUAAUUCUAGUUUGUUUGUAGUUUGCGAAAAAUUAUAUCUUUCUCAUUCUAGUGGGUAUAUUUACACCAGGAGGAAGAAAAACAAUUUCGCGAACCAUGCAGAAAUUAUUUAUUCAAUUUUUACACUGCUAUUAAAAAUCAAUGAUGAGAAAAAUGACGAUAAUACUAUAUAUGAAUAAACAAUAAAAUGAACAAUAUUGCUUUUGAAAUGGUGUCUCCAAUGAUAUAUAUAUAUAUAUAUAUAUAUAU